GACCGCCCCUUCAAGAUCCAGUCUCUCGACCCGCGCGGGUCGCAGAAUGCGUGCGAGGAAAUCUACAAGCAGAAGGAGGUCCUCUCCCCGUGGACGACCUGGCAACAGUUCCUCGACUUGGGCAAGGACGUACCUGACUUCCACCAUGUGCGCGAUAAGGCCAUGGAGGUGGCAGCUGGCAAACGGAAGAGGGAGACGAUGGAGCAGGGCGUCAGCAAGGUCGCCCACGUCGGUUGCCGCAUCGAGCAGGAGGCCGAGCUUGCGACCGAACAGGUGAUCAAGUGGCGUUGCAGCGGGGUCACUCCGAAGUGUCUCGGGAUGAACCCUGUGGAGCUCCUGGGCAAGAACGGUAUUGAGGUUGCGCCCGGUUGCCCUGUGGCCGUCGAGGGGGCGCCGCAGAAGAUUUACUUCUACGCCGACAUCGCCGUGAAGAGGGGUAUUCCAGUGAUGGAUUCGCGUGAGAACGCGAACGACGUGCAGAUCGCGCCGAACGUCAAGCGGGCCUUCGACAUCGAUGACUUCGGAGGCGGCAACAUGCGAAUGCCGAGUGGUUUGAAGACGUGA